AUGAAUCUUCUGUCUGUCAACACCUUCUUAUUUUCAAUCUUACCUUUGGUUUUUCCAAAAACUAAGAUUGACAGUCUACUUGAGAAUUUAUCAAAACGUCCGCCAACAGAGAAUGGGACAACUGCGCUGGACGUGCGGUUGGGAAUGUAUCUGGAGAGCGUUGGUAACUUUCGAUCAACAGAAAUGUCUUUUGAUGUUGAUUUGUAUGUUUAUAUGUCAUGGAGGGAUCCCCGGCUUUCCCAUAAUCACUCUGACCACGUAUUAGUUAAUGACGAUGAGAUACGGAAGCAGUUAUGGCUUCCUGACUUAUAUUUUGCGAACGCAAGAGAGGCCCAUUUUCAAGAAGUCACUAUGCCGAACUUCAAUAUGUUUAUAGCUCCAGAUGGAACUAUAGCUUAUUCCUGUCGCUGUACACUAACAGUUGCAUGUAGUCUGGAUUUAAGGUUCUACCCAAUGGAUCUCCAAGUUUGUUCAAUACGAGUUUUAAGCUAUGCUUACAUUGCUCGUCAAAUGAACGUCAGUUGGUUCAGCAGUAAUCCAAUCCGUCAUAAUCCGGAAAUUGGUUUACCUGAAUUUGUAAUUACAAAUGUAGAAAAAGGAUACUGUAACGGAACUUAUCGCUACGCAUUGAUGCCUGGGUCUUUUAAGAUAGAUGAGUUCAGUUGUUUGGCCGGAAAAAUGUAUUUAGCCAGAUCAAUUGGUUAUAACUUAGUUCAGUCUUAUAUUCCGACGGGUUUAAUUGUAAUGAUAUCGUGGGUAUCAUUCUGGAUUGAUAGAAGAGCUGUACCAGCCAGAGUGACUUUAAGCUUCACUACUUUAGUUUCUUUGACUACAUUGGGAAACGGCUUAAGAUUCGGUUUGCCUCAGGUCAGUUAUGCCAAAGCCAUUGAUUUGUGGUAUGGAGCUUGUAUGCUUUUCGUAUUUUGUGCUUUGCUUGAAUUUGCGAUCAUUAACAGCUAUAUGAGGAAAGCUGAAAAGUUUGAUCAAAUAGCUAAGCGAGCUCAGAAUAUUCUUCAAGGUCGACGAACUAGAGCUAAUCGUAUGGACAUCCCAAAAUUAGAUGCUUCACAGCUUGAUGAUAUGCUGGAUGAACGUAGAAGCAACGGCUUCAAUUAUAUAGAUGAAACGGUUCGAGAUGAAGUUACCCCAUCAAGUUACCGCUUAUUAAAGAGAAAUAAAAUAAAAUCAUCACCACGAUUUCCUGAGCAUUUACGAGCGGAAUAUAAAUUAACUGCAUUUCCUGUAAAUGGUGAUAUGCGAGCUCCAGACACAGGAAUGGGAGAAUCUAUUGAAUCAGCUCCACGUUCUGUUUACGACAAUGUUUCGCCUUCAUGGAAAGAUCUGAAGAAGUCUUUGUUGGCAGACGAUUCUAGCAAAGAAUCAGUGUCGGACGAUGAUAUUUGGGAAAUGAUGCCGAAAAUGCGUGCAUCCGUUGUCUAUGGCUUUCAAGGUUCUCGAAAAAUAUCCGUCGAUCCAGCAGCAGCCUAUACAUAUGCACAGAUAUCAAAAAGAUGCUCUAGACAAGCUUUGCGAAUCGAUAAGAUGUGCCGUUAUGGUUUUCCAUUUGUAUUUCUCGCAUGGAAUAUUUGGUAUUGGUGGUAUUAUCUUGUUUAUAAUCGAGCUUUCUGUCCUGACAACACUGAAUGUGACAACAAUCAUUUUUAA